AUGAAGCUCAGCUCUCCUCUGGCCGUGCUGUGCCUGUCUCUCCUGCUGCUCCAUGCCCACUUCUCCCUGGCCAGGCGAGGGGGAGGAAGCUUUGGUGGUAAAUCCAGCAUAGGUAAGAAAUCCUCCUCCACCUCCAACCGCAGAGGCACCAACACCCAGCGCAGACCCAAUCAAAGGACCAACAACCAGCCAGGGAACAACCCCCGCCAGCCCCAGAGUCCUCAGAACCCUCAAGGAGGGUGCCCCCAGCAACCAGGGGGCUACCCUCAACAGCCAGGAUAUCCAAACCAGUAUGGUGGAGGCUAUGGAGGGGGAGGCUAUGGUGGCGGUUACGGAGGGGGCUACAUGAACCAAAACCCCAACAACUGGAUCCUUAGCCCCGGCUACGGGGGGUAUGGUGGUGCAGGUGGCUCCCCGUUCUCCCGCUCGGUGCAGGGGAUGGGGAUGGGCCCCUCGCUGCAGUCCAGGGGGUUUGGGCGUAACGCAGCGAUGGCGGCCGGGACUGGGGUCGUGGCUGUGAUGGCUCUGGGCUAUGGACUGGGCCGGUUCCCCCGGCCUCACUUCGGCUUCCACAACCCCCAGGGGGAGUACUACAAUAACCACUACAUGUACAGGAGGUACGGCACCAAAUCCACUGAUGAUAAUGACUACAGCAGGGACUACUGCUUCAGCCCGCCUCCACAGUCCUAUGAUAACUUCAUGGAGACCUGUAUGAAGAGGACUGACCUGCUGAGAGGUGGGGAGAAGGGUAGAUCAGAGAAAGGAGUUGGGGAGAAUGCACCCCCACACGGAGCUCCAGAAAGCCCCAGCACUCAGGGAAUUGAACCCAGUGGAGGAGGAACUGCAGGCGGGGAGAAGAUUGCAGAGCCAGCCCCUGUCCCUGGAGGUUCCACCAAUACCACAGACCCCGGCUCCACCCCAGCACCAGGCAGUGGCCCCAAUAAGAGCUCCGCCACAGGCAGUCCCAGUGAGAGUAACGUCACAGCUGAGAGUAACGACAAGCCCCUCCCCCCGACCGUAGCUGUGCCUGACGAUGAUGAUGAUGAUGAUGAUGAUGAUGAAGAUACAGUGAGCAUCUCUGAGAUUGGCUAUCCAGAGCUGAUAGAGCAGAUUAAGGCUCAGAGGUGUGUGGAGCUCUAUAUGGUGUACGCAGAAUGCUACCUGGAGAAAAAGAAGCAGAAGAACAAGAAGAACCCGCCCCGGGCAAGACCCAGAGGAGGAGUGGAGAGAUUGGGAGGAGGAUACCAGGGACUGAUGACUGUACUCACCUCUACUGCACUACCUCUACUGAACAGCAACCUGCUACUACUGCACUGAGACAGAGAGAGAAAGAAACAGAGAGAGAGCAGACGGAGAGACAGAUAGAGGGAGAGAAGGAGAAAGGACACUGUUUGCUGUCACACCCUGUGAGUCAGAGUCAGGAUUGGGGCUGAUGGAGGGAUGCAAGGAUAGAGGGAUGCUGGGACAGUGUAUCUUCUCCUCUCAUCCUCCUUUGAACAACAGCUCAGGGCUCUCCAUCAUAAGUGGACUUUUAUUAUUGAUAAAUUGAGUGGAUUUUUUUU